AUGCAGUCCUCAGCAAAAUUUACGAUUUCCAUGUUCCUGAUAGCCACAGCAGUCGCAACUUCACAUAGCGGAACGAAACUGCGUCGCGACGGGGUUUUGAACCUUUAUCCUUUUCCAAGAGUCGGGCGUUCAUCACACCAGUCUUGGCAGAUACCCAUGAAUGAUCUAUUAGACGAAGACAAACGUCAGUUGUAUGCAUUUCCGAGGGUCGGAAGGUCUUACCCCAUGCAGAUGUCACCAGCCAGGUUGGAAGAGCUGCUCUUUGGCAGAAACCGUGGUUUCGUAAAACGAGAGAGCGAGAGUACAGACAGUACGGGAAUGUGGUUCGGCCCAAGAUUGGGAAGAGCAUUUCGCAGUGAAGAUGAUAUCUCUAGCUUAGACCAUAGCGAACCUGAAGAGUUAGAUUCGGAUCAAUCCAGUCGUGAGAAACGGGGGAUCAAACAGACAUAA